AUGCCCGCCCCGCGCAUCCGCCCGAGGAUCAUGAGGGGAUGGGGGGGGGGGGCGGUCCCGGCAGCCCCCGCGCGCGCCCGCCGCCGCCGCCGCGCCGUGACGUCACCGCGGGGCGGGGCCCUGAGGAGCGCGCGGUCACGGUGUGCCCAGGCUGCGUCAUCUGCCCCGUCUGCCAGCCGGGCUGAGAUGGCGGCGAUGCAGGCACUGAGCGCCCUGCGCCUCCAGGCCACGUCCCGGCCGCCGCUCGUGGCCUGUGCCCGCAGCAACUCCAACCGCGCCGCCAUCUCGCACCUGCACCGGCAGCUCUACGGGCGCCUCUACCCCGUGCUGCUGGUCAACACCGACGGCUCCACCGUGCGCCUGCACUACAGCGAGCCCAAGAGGAUCCUCAUGAUGCCCUUGGACAGCAGCACUCUGCCCGAGGCCGAGCGCAAGGCUCGUCUGCGCCGGCACUUCCCCAGCAAGCCUAAGGCCAAGCAGGAGGAAACCUUCGAGGGCAUCGACCUGGACACCUACAAGAAGUUCUGGAAGAAGUGAAGCGCUGAAACCAGAAAUGUAUAAAUCUAUAAAUAAAUAAAUAUAUCUCUA